AUGGCAAACUUCGAGCGCGAGUUCAAUUGCAAGGUUCAUGUCUUACGCACCGAUGGAUGUGGCGAAUACAAGACACUCGAUAUUUUCUGCUCUUCGGAAGGCGUCUUGCGUCAAGUAAGCGACGCGAAAAACCAAGCAAGCAACGGCAAGGCUGAACGGAUGCACCGCACCGUCAUGAACAUGGUGCGGAAGUACGCCUCGUACAUACUGAAUCGAAGCAAAACCAAGUCCAACCCCGGAUUUGCAUCGCCCUUGGAGAUCCUGACAGGCAAGGCUCCCGUGCUGACAGACAUUGUGGCCUUUUGUUCAACAUGCACUGCGCACAGAGACCCGAAGAACAAGUCAAUCGGUGAACGAGGCAAGGCGGGCAUCGUCAUUGGGCGAGGCAGCGAAACGAAGGGAUACAAGGUGUACAUCCCAGUGGAUAAGGUGGUCGUGGUGACUGAACAUGUUCAAAACAUUGAAGCACCACAGGAUGACCAGGAUGAGAGAAAGAUAUGUCCAGACACGGCACGACGUCAGGAGGAGCCAGGCCCUGAUCAUCAGGCGGAUGAAGAAGAUUGGCAAGAUGGUGUGAAACGUGCGAAGCAGGUCAGAAAAGGUCGAAAGUCGACAUGGACCAGAGAGCGACAUGGGACAAGCUCGACAACGUCAAGUCUACCAAAGGUGGUUGAAGUGGACACCUCGGUGGACGGUUGCGACAUCGUGAACGUGAUCGUCGAGCAAGACCCGAAGCACUAUGGUGAGGCAAUGAAGAGUGGACAACGCGACAAAUGGCAGGUAGCCAUGACCGAAGAAUUGGACGCACUCGAGGCGAACGACGUCUGA